AUGUCAUCAUUGCCAAGAAGAGCAAAAUUAAAGGCCCAGACUGCUGAACCCAAAGAUGACUGUUCUUUCUUCUCUGAGUUAUCAUCUGCAUCUGAAGAAGAUGACAAGGAGGAUAGCAUCUGGGAGCCCCAGAAGAAAGCCCCCAGAAGUCGAAAGCAGCCUGUCCCCAAAGAAUCUAAGCCAAAGAGGGUGCCCCGGGUAAAGAAGAACACCCCGAAGAUCAGUGAUGGCUUAGAAGAAGGUGUGACUGUCAAGGAGGAGCUGAAUCGCUCUGUGGCUAUUGCUGAUGCCGAUAUGGAUGACAGAAAAAAUGAAGUGUACACUGCACAGACUUUGAAAACAGCAAAGGGGAAGCGGAAAAAUUCAGCUCAGGCUCCUUCACCUCAGAGGACCAAAAAGCUGAAAGUUGAAGCCACCAGCCCCAGCGCCAAGGUGGAGGGUGUUAGUUCAGAGACGCCCCCGUCCACAAGCACCAUGUGUGAAGGUCCAUGCAAGGAGGAGGAUGAAGACGAUUUUACAUUUGGUCAGUCCCCUCUAAAGAAAGUGAAGACUGGAUCGUGUCCUCAGGGGCAGCCUGUCAAGUUUCCGGCAAGUGCCAGCAGUCUUCAGGAGGAGGUGGAAAUGAACUGGGACAUAGUACAGGUCUUAUCUGCGAGAACUAAUAUUGAAGUUUGGGUUUGUGCCAACAUUAUUCGUCUUUUUAAUGAUGAUAACACUAUUCCCUUCAUUGUACGUUAUCGAAGAGAGCUCAUUAAUAACCUUGAUGCUGAUUCCUUACGAGAAGUUCAACAAACUCUAGAAGAGCUGCGGGCCAUUGCAAAAAAGGUUCAUAGUACAAUUCAGAAAAUUAAAAAGGAUGGAAAGAUGUCUGACUGCUUGUUAAGAGCCUUGCUGAACUGCAGAAGUUUUGAAGAAUUAGAACAUGUGUCUGCCCCGUAUAAAACUGGGAGCAAAGGCACGAAAGCCCAGAGAGCAAAGCAGCUGGGACUGGAAGGAGCAGCCCGGACCCUGCUUGAGAAUCCCGGGCAGCUCAAUCUGCUGUCUUACGUUAACGCCAACGUCAAAGGGCUCUCAGCACUCCAGGAUGUUGAAACAGGAGUGCAACACAUUUUAGCAGACAUGAUUGCUAAAGACAAGGACACACUGGACUUCAUUCGGAAACUGUGCCAAAACAGACCCAUUUGUAUCCAGUCAAGUCUUGCUAAAGUGUCCUCCAAAAAGGUAAAUGAGAAAGAUGUCGACAAGUUUCAGCUCUACCAGAAUUUUUCAUGCUACAUAAGAAACAUCCAUCACCACCAGAUUCUGGCAAUUAACCGUGGAGAAAACCUGAAGAUACUGACAGUUAAGGUCAACAUUCCUGAUGGUGUGAAGAAUGAAUUCUGUAGAUGGUGUAUCCAGAACAGGUGGAGACCACGUGGUUUUGCAAGGCCAGAGUUAAUGAAGGUCUUACACAAUUCACUGGACGAUUCCUUUAAACGCCUUAUUUAUCCUCUCCUCUGUAGAGAGUUCAGAGCCAAGCUAACAUCAGACGCAGAGAAGGAAUCAGUCAUGAUGUUUGGACGGAAUCUUCGCCAGCUCCUCUUAACAAGUCCAGUCCCGGGGCGCACCUUGAUGGGGGUGGACCCUGGUUACAAACACGGUUGCAAAUUGGCUAUAAUUUCUCCAACCAGUCAGAUACUUCAUACUGAUGUCGUCUACUUGCAUUCUGGACAAGGCUUCCGAGAGGCAGAGAAAAUAAAGCAGCUUUUACUGAAUUUCAAUUGCAGCACAGUGGUGAUUGGAAAUGGAACUGCCUGCCGAGAGACAGAAGCUUACUUUGCUGACCUGAUAACGAAGAAUUACUUUGCACCCCUGGAUGUUGUUUACUGUAUCGUCAGUGAGGCGGGAGCAUCCAUCUAUAGUGUCAGCCCUGAGGCGAACAAGGAGAUGCCAGGGCUGGACCCCAACCUGAGAAGUGCAGUUUCCAUAGCAAGGCGUGUACAAGAUCCAUUAGCUGAGCUUGUGAAAAUUGAGCCGAAGCACAUUGGAGUUGGAAUGUAUCAGCAUGAUGUGUCCCAGAUUUUACUCAAAGCAACACUGAACAGCAUUGUAGAAGAAUGUGUCAGCUUUGUGGGAGUGGACAUUAACAUCUGUUCUGAAGUUUUGUUAAGGCAUAUUGCAGGACUCAAUGGCAACCGAGCCAAAAAUAUCAUUGAAUGGCGAGAGAAAAAUGGGCCCUUCAUCAAUCGAGAACAGCUAAAGAAGGUGAAAGGACUGGGGCCCAAAUCCUUCCAGCAAUGUGCUGGCUUCAUCAGAAUCAACCAGGACUAUAUUCGAACAUUUUGCAGUAGUCAGCACCCUGAGUCAGCACCCUGUGCUGACGUCACAGAUAAGAAGCAAGGCAAGAAAAAGAGCAAAACUCCAGCGAACGUUGUGCUGAAGCCAAAUCCCUUGGACCAAACUUGUAUCCACCCGGAAUCAUAUGUCAUAGCAAUGAGGUUCUUAUCAUCCAUUGGAGGAACAUUGUACGAGAUUGGAAAGCCUGAAAUGCAACAAAAAAUAAAUUUUUUGCUUGAAAAGGAAGGCAUAAAUAAAAUUGCAGAAGGAUUGCAAACACCAGUACCCACCUUACAGGUCAUCAUCGAUGGUCUCAGUCAACCUGAAAGCUUUGACUUUCGAACCGAUUUUGAUAAGCCUGAUUUUAAGAGAAGCAUAGUCUGUCUGGAAGAUCUCCAGGUUGGGACAGUUCUUACAGGCAAGGUCGAGAAUGCCACUUUGUUUGGAGUUUUUGUGGAUAUAGGGGUGGGGAGAGCAGGCCUGAUUCCUAUACGAAGUGUCACAGAAGCCAAACUUUCUAAAACGAAGACGAGAAGGAGUCUUGGCCUGGGCCCUGGAGAAAGAGUGGAAGUCCGAGUUGUCCAAAUUGAUCUCCCCAGGUCAAGGAUCACCUUGGACCUCAUCCGCGUCCUUUGAGCACCACACCACAGACCAGGGCAGACUGUAUUUCUUCAUCCCUCCAUGUUUACAAGGGUGAUCCAGGUGUGGCGGAUGAGGGAGAAUUCACAUAGUAACAGGAAGUACUCUCCAAAUCCCUUUCCUUGCUUUUCUUUCUGAGUUCACGGAAAAUUAACUGCCUGAUUCCUUUUCCCCUUAAAAUAUUUAAUGGCCAUCAUUAUGUGACUUUCUGUACUGAUUUUCUGACUUAAGAAAAAAACAUUUUUUAAUCAUUUUAUUGGGGGCUCUUAAAACUCUUUUUACAAACCAUACAUCAAUUGUA